AUAGCGACUGAGCUACAAAAUAUAAUUAGAAGCCAGUUGUGAUUGAAACUCAGUGCUGUGAGUGCGACUCCAGAGUGCAUAGAAAUACUCAAGAUGGGGUUUUGUUUAUUUUUUGUUUGUGCUAAUUUUAUCUUACUUGUCCUUUAGGCCAUGUUUAUCUGUUCUUGGUAAGGUGGUGAAAAAGACAAUAUCAAGAUGAGUAAAAAGCCUCCAAAUCGUCCUGGAAUCACAUUUGAGAUUGGUGCUCGUUUGGAGGCACUGGACUAUUUGCAAAAAUGGUAUCCAUCUCGAAUUGAGAAGAUAGAUUAUGAAGAGGGGAAGAUGUUGGUGCAUUUUGAACGCUGGAGCCAUCGCUACGAUGAGUGGAUUUACUGGGACAGCAACAGGUUGCGACCUUUGGAGCGACCAGCAUUAAGGAAAGAGGGGCUGAAGGAUGAUGAAGAAUUUGUUGAUUUUAAACCUGGAGAAGAAGUCCUAGCUCGUUGGACAGACUGUCGAUAUUACCCUGCAAAGAUUGAAGCAAUUAAUAAAGAGGGAACAUUCACAGUGCAAUUCUAUGAUGGUGUUAUUCGAUGUCUUAAAAGGAUGCAUAUCAAAUCUAUGCCAGAGGAUGCAAAAGGGCAGGAUUGGAUAGCUUUGGUCAAAGCUGCUGCUGCAGCAGCAGCCAAGAACAAAGCAGGAAGUAAACCUAGAACCAGUGCAAACAGCAAUAAAGAUAAAGAGGACAGAAAAUGGCUAAAAGUCCCUUCAAAAAAGGAAGAAACCUCAACCUCUACAAUCAUGCAGGAAGUCCAAAAAAAGGAAGAGGAGCCUACAUCUAGUGACACAUUUGAAGUAGGAUUUCCUGUAGUGGAUGUUCCAAAGAUGGCCUUUGUACAGGCAGAGAGCACGUUAUCACACAAGAGGAAAAGUAAUCUAGGCAACUCAUUUCAGGCAAAGAGAGCUCGCCUAAACAAGAUCACUGGUUUAUUGGCAUCCAAAGCUGUUGUUGCAGAUGGUGCUGAAAAAAAGGAAGGCAACAAAGAAACAGCUCCAGUCCUGGAGCAGGAGAUUUCACCUAAACCACAAAGUCAGAAAAAAAAUGAAGCUGAUAUUAGCAGUUCUGCCAACAUUCAGAAACCUGCACUGUUAUCCUCAACUUUGUCUUCAGGAAAGGCUCGCAGCAAGAAAUGCAAACAAGAAUCUGGAGAUUCUUCUGGGUGUAUAAAGCCCCCUAAAUCACCACUUUCCCCAGAAUUAAUACAAGUCGAGGAUUUGACGCUGGUCUCUCAGCUUCCUUCUUCUGUGAUAAAUAAAACUAGUCCAUCACAGCCAGUGAAUUCCCCUAGAUCCUACAAACAUAGCCAACGGAGAAGAAGAUCACAGCGUUUAGCCACUUGCUCCUUGCCUGAUGAUUCUGUAGAAAAAGUUUCUUCUCCCUCUUCAGUUACUGAUGGAAAAGUGUUCUCCAUCAGUGGUCAAAACCAACAGUCAUCAAAAUUGGAGGUACCUGAUGUUGCUCAUGUGUCACUUGAGAAGCGUGGACCAUGUCUCCCUCUUGAUUUAAGCCGUAGUUCGGAAGUUACAGCACCAUUAUCUGCAGAAUCCACUUUGCGUAAUGAAUAUUCCAGUAAAGACAAGGAAGAUAUUCAGAUGAUUACAUAUCUUUCUUCCAAAGCAGUAACUGAUGGAAGAGUAGCUACAGCAGCGUCAGCACCCUCGUCCCAUGUACAUGCCUUGCAUCUGGAAAUGCCUUUAACCAAUAGUCUCAAGUUACCCAAAGGGAAUAGUAAAAAAAAGAGGUCUUCCGCAUCAGUGAGCUCUGAAGGGACAGAGAUACAGUGCUCUGUGCCCAUAAAGGAGAAAUGUUUUGAGAGUCUGAAGGAGAAAAUAUUAAAGAACGUGAUUGAGAAGGACAAGCAUUCAGAAGUUGGUGCAGCUAGAAUGGAAAGAAAAGGAAAACUGGAAGAGAAAAGUUCUUCAGCAUAUGGUAAAAAGAAAGAAAAAGAAAAGGAGAAAAAGGAGAAGAAGGAAAAAGAUCAUAAACCAAAACAGAAAAAGAAGAAGAAAAAAAAGAAGAAAUCAAAACAGCAUGAUUACUCGGAUUAUGAAGACAGUUCUGUUGAAUUCCUGGACAGGUGCUCCUCUCCCUUAACGCGGUCCUCAGGCAGCUCUCUGACGUUGCGCAGUAUGUUCUCAGAGAAGAACACAUCAUACCAGUAUCCAAGAGCUAUCCUGUCUGUUGACCUUAGUGGAGAAAACCUUUCAGAUGUGGAGUUCUUGGAUGAUUCUUCCACAGAGAGUUUGUUACUUAGUGGUGAUGAAUACAAUCAGGAUUUUGAUUCAACCAACUUUGAAGAGUCUCAGGAUGAAGAUGAUGCUCUCAAUGAAAUUGUUAGAUGCAUUUGUGAACUUGAUGAAGAAAAUGGCUUUAUGAUUCAGUGUGAAGAAUGCUUGUGUUGGCAGCACAGUGUAUGCAUGGGACUGUUGGAGGACAGCAUUCCAGAGCAGUACAUCUGUUAUAUCUGCAGAGAUCCACCAGGACAGAGGUGGAGUGCCAAAUAUCUCUAUGACAAAGAUUGGCUAAACAAUGGACACAUGUGUGGAUUAUCAUUUUUGAAAGAAAACUACUCUCAUCUUAAUGCCAAAAAGAUCGUGUCAACACAUCACCUACUGGCAGAUGUAUAUGGGGUAACUGAAAUACUGCAUGGACUGCAGCUGAAGAUUGGGAUACUGAAAAAUAAGCAUCACCCAGACCUUCAUCUCUGGGCUUAUUCAGGGAUGAGAAAAGAACAAGAACAAAGAACUGUUGGGGUAGAGAAAAAGUUAGUGACUUUGCAGGAUGCUGUUAACCCAGCUGAAAGGACGUGUCAUAGUCAAAACCAUAAAGAGCCACCCAGUAUACCCCAGAAGAUGGAAGAAACGUACAUCACAAGUGAGCACAGUUACCAAAAACCACAGAGUUUUAGUCAUGACUACAAAGCAGUCACUGACCCUAUGAGCUCAGAUGAUGAAGACACAAGUAGCUUUGAGGAAGACCAGGAAUAUCACACAGAGAAUAAAAACUGUUUACAAUAUUCUUUUAAAGAUGGUGGCAUGAAUGAGCAGAAUUCUGCUGAAGGAAACACUGUGUUUGUUUGUAAUGAAAGAAAAGGCUCAGAAGAGCAAGUGGACACACAUCUUCAAUGGCAGCUAAAUCUCCUCACCCAUAUAGAGAAUGUACAGAAUGAAGUCACCAGCAGAAUGGACCUGAUUGAAAAAGAAGUUGAUGUUUUAGAAAGCUGGCUUGAUUUCACUGGAGAACUGGAACCACCAGAUCCUCUGGCAAGAUUGCCUCAGCUCAAGCGACGUAUCAAACAGCUCUUAAUCGACAUGGGAAAAGUACAGCAAAUAGCAACGCUUUGCUCUGUAUGACAAAAGGAAGAAUAUAGAAGUAAAAAUAGGUUCUUUACAGUGAAUUUUCUUAUUAGCCACAAGACUGACAGGAAGACAGCAAAAAGCUGAGCAUUUAUCUGGUUCUUUGCUGAUUACAUUAAUAGGCUGAAGCUUUAGAAAGAAAAGAGGAAGUUUAGAGUCAGGAAUCUGUUUUAUUGAAAAUAUGAAUAUUCAAUGUCCAGGCUUCAAAAUUAUUAAUAAUAUACUGAAAAAUGCCAAUUUCUCAGGAUUUUAACAUGUUGAACAAGUAAAUCCCCAGAUACAAGAAAAUUCAACAAACAAAAACUAUUCGAAGAGCAGUGCUACUAUUUUGAAAAUCUUGGCACACAUCUCUAAAUUAGCAGAAUUCAGCUGACUAAAAAUGCAAUCCUCGUAUCUUGCUAGUGAACAAUAGGUACAGAGAGAGAUGUAUCUUCUCUACAAGGAAGGUUUAUAGAUUAUUUCUUUCUCUUAUGAGUGUUCAGGAAAACAAACAUACUAGCUUUGAUUUUUGAAAAAAAUUACUUGUCAUGGUCUCCCUUUUAAAGUAUUUUUUUAAAUAGAAAUCCCUAGAACAACACCCCUAGGCUUCUUUAAAACAGAAGUGGAAAAUAGUGAUCAGAUGUGCCAAAUAAUAUUAAAAUCAUUGGGAUGAGAGUUUAAUUAUGACUUAGGCGAAGGUUUUUUCCAAAGUCCUACUUGGUGCCAGCAGUCCAUCCAGAAUUGUAUCUAGUUUAUAUUUUUUUAUGUUCUACAGCAGUGUUCAGGAAUCAAGGUACAAUUUUUGUCCUGGGUAGCUCUAUUCUGAUGUUGGCCCUCUGAAAACUUCACCAUCCUCAGUGGGGAUGAGGAAUGACAAGAGCAGCAAAACUGUCUGUGGCUGUGGAAAUUCUAAACCAUUAGAGGGAAAAAUUACAAGAUACCUUAUCCAAGUUGUUUUUAUAAAAUUUUUCACCUUCAUUGAAUGAAAUGUCUUGAAACCAAAGGCAACCUACUUGCUCUGUUAGCUCUUGCUGGAUUUUGAGCCCAGGACUUUUCCUGUGCUGAUAAGUUGCCGCUGUACCCAGUGCUACAUCCGUGUCUGUGUGUGUAUGUAUAUGUGUCUAGCUACAUGUACAUAUAUACAUACCAUACACAUUUCUAUCUACACAUGUCUAGUUUUAUUGCCACAGACUACAAGAACUGGUGGUUCAUAUUACCUUUUAACAAGCAGUUUCUAAAAUUGAAAAUAAUGUAUGUACAGGUUUUGAAAUUUGUAAAAUAUGACUGUUAAAAGGAGGCUAUUUAACUGAGGACAUUAAGAUACUUGAACAUUUUAUGCCUCAUAUCUGUUUAUCAGUUCUAGCUAUCUGUAUAAAUGCAUUUUAGAACUGAUAGACAGUAAACUUGAAUUUACCUUUUGAUAAGAGUACAAGCCACUGUACAUUCAAAAAUUAUUUAAAUUUGCAAACACACUGUUCUAUAUGUAAGGUACUGUAUGUAAAACUGUUUAUUAAAACUAUUCUGCAUACUCUACAUUUUCCACUUUUCUUCCUGAUCUACAUACAAAUGUAAAAAAGAAAUUAUUGUUAUUAUGUACAGACCAUCAAAAAAUCUUGGAAUGCCUUUUAAGGAUGCAUACAACUGAAAAAUGUGCCAAAGAUGGAUUAUCUGGGAAAGACUUUGCAACCAGUGCAUUGAACUUUCAUGAUAAAACCAUUAUUGAGAAAGAAAGCAGCGUGGCUGGUUCAUUGCUAAAGUAAACCUACCCUGACCUUUCCUCUCUGUCUGUCAUACCUGAAGUGAGUUAUCACUCCUGAUGGCCAAAGCAAAAUGUAAACCCCUGUUACAGAGCGGUUGCUACUUAAAAAGUCUUCCCACAUCAAGCUUGUAGGAGACAUCACAGAGCUGCAUGAUAACAUGGAAUUAUGGAAUGAUUGGCAACUCCAUAAUGCAGAAAGAACAUUAGAGCUGUGGAGUUGUUGACAUUUUAUAGCAACUGUUAAUAAAUACUCUGUAUUUUAUAGAUGAUGCUUAAAUAACUGCUUCAAACAUGAAUAGUUGAGUGACCUACUUGCUUUUGGAUAUGUGAGACGUUUUUAUAGACUAUUCACUUGCUGCAUAUCCUUGAAUGUGGUACUGUGUGUACUGUAUAAGAGAAGUAUAAAUCCAGAUGAAUUACUUUGAAACAAAGUGGAGUGUAUUUACAGAAUUUAUGCAGCAUACACUGUAGCAAUAUUAUGCAAUGUGUGUGCAUGUGUGUGAUGUAAUAUAAUUGUAAAUGUUACUGAAGGUGGAGGUGGACUUGGAAAGUUCAGGGGGGACGACAGAGGUUUUAUUCUUACUACAGAGAUGGAGGAAUGGUAUCCUGAAAAGGAAAUCCUAAGGUCAAAGUUGAAGUUGCCCUUGCAGCUUUAAUGUGUCUUCUGUUUGUAUGUGUAAUGGCCUCUUAAUUUACACAAAUAUGUAAUUUUACUCCUCAAGAUCCUGCCUUGUUCAGGAUGGACUGUGCUUACAAAAACAAUCUGUUCAGUAUUUUUUUUAAUGUUCAUUGUGUAGUCAUGUAUUAUAAAAAUUCCUGCAAUCAUUCAUAUCUUCUAAGAAAUACAAUCUCGGUGUCCGUACGGACCAUGCUAUGUAUGAUGCAUUGUGUCCUGCUCCAGUGUUUCACAGACUUGUCUGAGUUUGCUUUCUCAAGUCAUGGUGCUGGUCUGUAACAUGUGGACAUUAGUUUCUGACCCCAGUUUCUCAAGUAUUCAAAGGUUUGGGAUGCUUUUGAGGUUUUUCUUUUAAACACAAGUCAAGUGCCAUAAAAAUGCUAAGUGUUUUGCACAGAAUGUAACCUACAGUUGAUUGCUUUGCUCGUGUGCCAAUCAACCCCAGUGUGAUCUGGCUCUUACCAGUAUUUCUUCCUAGUUGGCCUUAUCAAGAGAAUCUUAUUCCUGUAGGCACAAUUUUCCAUCUGUCUUCCUGCUUCCUCUCUAAAUAAGCCAGGGAUGUACACUCAGUCUAUUUGCAACAUCAUUUAUUGUGGUGUGAAUUGUGACUGCAUUGCUUGAUGAAGGGGGCAGACCCUCUCUGAGGAAAAAAUAGUAUGUGGCAAUGUAAGGACUAUUUGAUAGGUGUGCACAGAAAGGCAAAAUGUUUAAAUUUGCAGACUUCUGUCACUGAAUAGGAGUUCUAAAUAGUAAUAGACAAAAGGGAAAUGCCAUUUUACAGAAGCCUCUUGUGAUUUCACAGAGCUAAAUGGCAAACUUUCAGAGCCUUUGAAUGCCCAGCUUUUUGUCUGAGGUUUAGUUAGGGGUUUACCUGUUAGUUUUUUAAUGGUGGUAUAGGGUGAUUUCAUUUCAAAGCCUGCUCCUACUUGUGACCAUACUGGAGGCAUCUACAUCAGGAAUUCUGUGUUUCAGUUGCAGAGAUGGCAGGACAGCAGUACUGCAGUCACAAAUGAAACGUGGUGUUGGUGCUGUGAUCUGGUAUGCCAUGAUGGGGCUGCCACAUUCUGGUUACAAAAUGGACAUACUUCAGGUCAUAUCGCAGGGAAUGGGUUGGAAGAUGCUUCCUGUUAACCCUUUUCUUGGGUAGCUGUAGGUUGAAUAGUGCCCAUAUUUUGGAUAUUCUGGCCUUAGAUGCAUAGAUCUUUGUUCAGCUGUGGAGUGGUUUACAGUGUCAUUUUCUCUCAAAUAGACAAAGAAGAUGGGUUGCAAUUCUCUGAUAGAUAUCCUGUGUUUGCUGGGUGGCAAAGAAUUGAAACUAUUCUUCCAUGGAUGCAGUAAUUUUGUAUGGCUGACAGCCACCUGUCUCUCUUAAUUUUAUCUCUGAGCUUCUACAUGUGCUCAUCUGUUCAUUCUGCAGCUUGCAUCUUUUUCUCCUUUCAUUCUUCAGCUUUCUGCACUCUGGCUUCUGAGGUGCUUGGAGGGUGUCACACCUCUGUUCUCAUGCCCAGUUCUUCCUGGCUGCUGUGGGAAGCAGUCAUGGGGAAAGGCCUCUUUGGCUCUUCUGUCCACAGCUUCCAGAGCGUCCUGGGACUUGUGUACAGUUGGAGUGUGUGCACCAUAAUCAAAAUCUCCAGGUGUUUUUGAUGCCUUUCUUAAGUAAGCCUCUUCUGUCUUGUGCAGUUGGUGAUCUUCCUCUACUCCCAUCUGGCUUCUAACUUAACUAGACUUGAAUUAAUAUUACAGUAAAACCCCUCUGGCACUGUUGGGCUCCAGCUCCACUGUUGGUACUCCUUACCAAACUGAGGGUUGGGAUGCAAAGGAGUCAUUCAAACAUUACAGUAAAAUUAUAAAAGUAUUUGAUGUUGUAAACCACACUAUUUUUCCUUUGUAUUUAAAGGGAAGUUGUAACCAUUUUUCUUCACUGGAACUCUAAAGGCACAAAACAGAUCCUGAACUGAACUGGAGAUUGGUGUAGAAACAAGUGCAGGAUGGGCAGGACUGCAGGCAGGGGCUUCCCAGCCAAAAGAGCAGUCAGGCUGCCUUGCCCUAUUAGUAGCUCAGUGGAGGUGCUGAUGUGUAAAGGGGGUGUGUGCAAUGAUGCCGUUCAUUUGCAAGCAGGAUUGUUUAGAACACUGGAACUUAAAAAUGUUACUUACUGCUUAAAAAUGUUUCAGUAUAUGCACCUUAAUUUUGGAGUGCUUAUUAAAGUCAGAGACUUAAUCACUUUUGAAAUACCCAUUGCUAUUCUCACAUUUUAUUAGCUCACAAUUUUUUUCUGUUGAACUGAUUGCAUAUGGCUUUAGGUGAGGAUUUUGCAGAGGCUGUUUGAAAUGCUUCAGUAAUGGUUUCUUUUAUUCUUUGUUAUGUCCUGGGCACUGGGUUUGGGGGUCUGUCUUUAGCAAUAAAUAUUAUACACUAUGUGUAUAUCUGUUUGUAUAUGGAAAACAAAUACAGAGCAUGUAACGAUGGUGAAAAUACACUGCACCGAGUGCAGAUUGUGCAUUUGGCAGCCAUUCUGCACCAGCCUGAACAACCCAAAUGAAAAAUUGGAGACCACAUGGAGAAAAUGAACUAGCAUGAAAAAUCAUUCAGGACAGAAGUUCCCUUCCCUUACUCUGUGGGUGGGAUAACUAAAGCUAGUUCAAUUGCUAUUUGCUUCAAACAGCUGUCUUCCUUUCCUGAAAACUGGCCAAGCCUCCUGUGUUCAGCUGUAGCCACAUGCAUCAGUGUAUUGUCACUAAAGACUCUGAGAGAGGCAGCACUGCACUAUGAUUAAAUCUUCUGUGAGAGAAGCAAAAUACUUCCUUCUGUGAUUUGUUUUUUAUAAUAGCAAUAAUGUUGACUGCAUUCUAAUACUCACAAUAAAGGUCUGUUGAGAUUGUUA